AUGGCCCAUGCAGACCACUCUCGCGAUCCCUGUCCCUGGGUAAUUCUCAAUGACUUCGGUGGUGCAUUCGCAAUGGGUGCCGUUGGUGGCGGUAUCUGGUAUAGCAUUAAGGGUGCCCGGAAUUCCCCUAGAGGUGAACGGUUUGUCGGUGCCAUAUCAUCUAUGAAGGCCCGAGCACCAGUUACAGGCGGUAACUUUGGUGUAUGGGGAGGAAUGUUCUCAACAUUCGACUGUGCUGUGAAGGGCUGGAGGCAAAAAGAGGAUGCAUGGAACGCUAUCAUAUCUGGAUUCAUGACCGGUGGAUGUCUGGCCGCUCGAAGUGGUCCAAAAUCUGCUUUGGGAUCUGCCAUAGCGUGUGGUAUUCUUCUCGGCGUGUUCGAGGGAGUUGGUGUUCUUGUAUCACGAGUAUUUAGUGAAGGACAACGGCCACAGAUGGCCCCAUUGCCUGCGUCGAUGGCUCCCCAACAGUCAACUUCUUCAUCCAUCCCUGGUUUGCAGUAG